AUGAAUCUACUGCAAAGGACUACUGUGCUGUUGAUUUUGGCUUUUUCAGUAUCAGAGACAUUUGCAGCAAGGAUCAUUGGAGGUCAAGAGGUCGCACCAUACUCGAAGAAAUAUCAGGCCUCCCUGCAGUAUGGGGAAAGGAGACACUACUGUGGAGGAACCUUAGUGCACCCUAUGUGGGUGGUGUCUGCUGCCCACUGCUGGAGACCGAGCAGUCUGGUAAAGGUGGUGCUAUGUGAACACAACCUGAAUAAAAAUGAAGGAUUCGAGCAGGUCAUUGAUGUCUCAGAGAUAUUUGUCCACCACUUUAAUCCCAAGACAUUCAACAAUGACAUCAUGCUCCUCAAGCUGAGUCGGCCGGCACUGCUGAACAAGUGGGUCCAGCCAAUUCCUCUGCCUGAUCAAAACACUCCACCACUUACUAAGGACGUCUGCACAGUGAGCGGCUGGGGUGUGACAAACGUUUACAGCUACACCCUUUCUCCUGUGCUACGAGCUGUGGAUGUGUCAAUAAACCCUUACUGCCAUUAUUACUACUGGCGGAUGAUUACUCCAAACAUGCUGUGUGCUGGAUCACGAUUGGGUGGAAAAGAUUCCUGUCAGGGCGACUCUGGUGGCCCCCUUAUCUGCAAUGGACACUUUGAGGGCAUUGUCUCCUGGGGUAUCAGCUGUGCAAACCCAUACUUUCCAGGAGUCUACACCAGAGUGAGGAAAUACAUCAAAUGGAUAAACUGGAUUAUCGAAAAUAAAACCUGAAGGGCCCCAACAUUUCUUGAUGAGCAUCUUAUUCAC